AUGAAAACUGAUGCGACGGCUUUCCGAAUGCCUCGCAAGAAACGGGCAAUGAGAAAAAUUGGCAACAGCUCCGCUGCAGACGUUAAAGCUGGGGUACUAUUAAUAAGGCAGGGUAUGUCUAUCAGAAAAGCAGCUACGAGUUGUGGUGUGCCAUUUACUACCCUGAAGAGGAAAAAAUUCAAAGAUCAUAUGAUCAAAAACACACCUGCAGGAACACUCGGCUUAGCAACGCCUAGUGGAUGGAUGAACGCGGAUAGUUUCACAGAAGUAAUGAAACAUUUUAUCAAGCAUACGAACUCUUGCAAAGAAAAUCCUAGUAUGUUGGUAAUGGAUAACCACGAGUCACAUUUGAGCAUUGAAGCCAUACAGUUGGCAAAAGAUUGUGGAGUCAAUCUCCUCACUAUUCAUCCCCACACUUCGGGGAAAUUACAACCACUUGACGUGGGAGUAUUUAGCGCGUUCAAAGUAUAUUAUAAUGCUGGCAUCGAUUCCUGGCUUAUGACACAUCCUGGAAAGCCUGUUACCAUAUAUGACUUAGACGAGGACUUUCUGCCAAGUACAGUAACAGAUCGUCCAGGUCCCUGUUCAGACUGUUUGCCACGUGAAGAAGGGCUCAUAAACGUAAACAUCAAUUCAAUGAAUGUCAUCGAGUUGGGAGCACCGGAAGAGACCACUACUGCGCACUCAUCGGAGCAUUCUAUUUCACAGACUUGUGCAACAUCAGAAAAACCAUGCUCACCAACUUCCAUCAGGACUCCAGUCAUUAAAAUAUUAGCUCCUGAAGUGCUCAUAUCAGCAAUUUCUUCGAACAAACUUCCACCCAAGCCAUAUAUAAUUACCCCGACACAAGACGUUGCUUUGACACCAUCCAUUUCUCAAUCAGCUGAGAAUACUUUUACAUCUCCGUUUGAGUUUAGAGACCCAAUAAAGGCUGGACCUAGAACAACUACCCGCAAGCGAAGGAAACCAGGCCGUAGCAUGAUUCUUACUGACACACCGGAAAAAGUUCGUCUAGAACAAGAAAAAAUAGCUGCUAAAAGUAAAAACACUAAUAAGAAGGGAAAAGUCACUCGAAAAGUAUUACAAAGUGAUGAAGAAGAUAAUGAUCAAGAGAAGGAAACAGUGGAAUAUGCUGAAUCUGAUGAUGAUACAGACUGGGCAGCAGAAGAUGAAGACGAAAACUCUGACGAAGAAUCAGUGAUUAUAACUGAAAGGCACCUAACCAAAUCUCUAACUCGUGCGCCACUAGAGGGCGAAUAUGUGAUUGUACAAUUUACAACAAAAAAACUUACAUCGCUUUACGUUGGAAAGGUGAUAGAAGGUAGAAAUGAGAAUAAUGAAUUCUACAUAUCAUUUCUGAGGCGUACGCCUGGUACUAGCAAAUUUCACAUGCCUGAUAAGCCUGACCUUUCUGUUAUAAAAGAAAGUGAUUUGAAAUUACUUCUGCCAAAGCCUUCAAUUGUUGGCACUUCUUCUAGGCCGUACUAUAAUUUUGGACUAGAUUUAUCCCAACUUCGGAUAUGCUAA